UUGUCGGCAGAAAUAGACAUUGCGGUGGUACCUACCCAGAUGGACUCUCACAUAUGAAAUACCUACCACCGGUAAAUUGGCACACUAACUUCAUAUCUAGUGCAGUAUAGUCCGGAUAUAUUUUGUUAAACAAUAAGAAAUAACUUACUAGAAUUAAACGGUCGUUACUAUUAAGUAUUAGUAGAUAUUUCGUCGGAACUUUGAAUGCAAGUCGUCCGAACAAGUCAUUAGUUUUAAUUAUAUGCUAUACUUUGUCAUUUUACAAAAUAUAUGUAGACGAACCUGGUUGAGCCGCUUGCUGUCUCCUCAACAUCAGCUAAGGGCAAGGGUGCGGUUUGCGUAAAAUUAUUCAUCCGACCUUUGUAGCUUAGUUAGGAGAUGCCGCCUCUUUGGAUGUAAUACUGGCCGUUAUGCUCCGUUUGUUCGAAACGGGCAUUCGACUGUCAUUAUUUAUAUAUGAAAAUUUCUUCACGUCACAAAUAUUUUACGUUUUUCCUACUAUCCACAUCAAUCCUAAUUCCCUUUUAAUUUUCUUCCCUUUCUCACCGAUCCUCGCGCCUCAUCCUGCCACAUCGCCCGUGGACGGCAACCGGAGCAUCGCCUGGUAUCCCGGACCUCCUCUGCGGUGUGCGCCUCCUGACUUUGGCUGCAAGAUCGCUGUAACAUUAUGCUUCGGUCAGAAUGGUUUCAACGUCAGCGGUUUCCGCCAACUACAUCGGUCUACUGUCAACGCUCCCGAAGGUCGAGUAGUCAGAUUGGACGAUAUCUUGUUAAGAUACUACACUAAUUCCACAAAGCCAACGUCCAUGUUCAAGAUAAAGGACGCGAAGCAGCUGCUCGCUGAACCCACCUUCAACGUGACCAUGCCUACAUUGGUAUAUGCCCAUGGAUACGUCGAGCUGACAACCGAUAAAAGCGUAGAGGAAAUAGUGAAAGCCUACAUCACAAAAGGCGGGUACAACAUCGUGGUGGCGGACUGGUCCAACCUGGCCUUCGGGAACUACCUCCUCGUAGCUUUAGACGUUGGGGCUACAGGAAAAACCAUAGGCAAAGCAAUAAUACAGCUGCUCAAAGGAGGACUGUUGCUGGACGGACUACAUUUCGUGGGUCAUUCGUUAGGAUGCCACGUGAUGUCGGCCGCCGCAAGGGCCCUCCUCGAGGAAGAAUAUCGGCUACCGAGGUUAACCGGGUUGGAUCCAGCAUUCCCUGGCUUUGCGUAUCCGCUGCUGCUGGGCCAGCCCAUGACCAGUUCAGACGCUGCCUUCGUGGACGUCAUUCAUACGGACGGUGGUACCUUUGGUACUCCCGUUAACUCUGGCCAUGCUGACUUCUGGCCUAACCAGGGCCAGGCUAGGCAGCCUGGAUGCCAGGCCACAGUGCCGCUAUCAGACGAUGGUUUCUGCAGCCACUGGCGCUCGUGGGCACUAUGGACGGAAUCGGUGCUUGGCGGGGAGUUCUUAGCGCGCAGAUGUCAGAACUAUGACAAUUUUAUACGAGGACUGUGUAAAGACUCUCCAUUGGUGUACAUGGGUCUGAGAGCUACUCCUAAUUUGCGCGGUAACUUCUACUUGCACACAGCAGCAACGGAGCCUUUCGCUUUGGGCGAGAGAGGAGCCGAUUGACGUCAAAUAAUCUAUUGUAAUUUAGGACCAUUCAAAAUUGUAAUAUAGAUUAUAUUAUUACUGAUGUGUUAUUAUUUAAUAAGUCCACAUUGGAAAUUAUUAAUUGUUAUCUAUCUUUCUGUUGUGUUUAUUGUAGAUAAAAAAAUAAAACUUAUUUAUUA